GUGGGCGGAAGUGCGCGCGGGCGUUGCUAUGGAGGAGCUGAGCGCGGCCUUGCAGGCCUUGGCGGAGCCCGCGGCGCCGCACCCGCGGCUCGGCGCCUACAAGGGCCGCUCCGGGGGGGGGCUGGGGCAGGCCGAGCGCCGGCAGCGCCUCCUCCGCCUCCAGAGAGAGAGGCGGCUGGACUACGUGAACCAUGCCAGGAGGCUGGCAGAGAACGACUGGGUUGGGGUGGAGAGCGAGGAGGAGGAGGAGGAGGAGGAGGAGGAGGAGAUGGAGGUGGAGAGGAAGCUGCCCAAGCGCUACGCCAACCAGCUGAUGCUGUCCGAGUGGCUGAUCGACGUCCCCCUGGACCUGGAGCAGGAGUGGGUUGCAGUGGUGUGUCCUGUCGGGAAGCGGGCGCUAGUCGUGGCCUCCAGGGGCUCCACAGCAGCUUACACCAAGAGCGGCUUCUGUGUCAACAGGUUCCCCUCCCUGCUCCCGGGGGGAAACCGGCACAAUUCAAUGAGUGAGAAAGUGUACUGCAUCUUGGACUGCAUCUACAGCGAGGCGCAGCAGACGUACUACAUCCUCGACGUGAUGUGCUGGAGGGGACACCCCGUGUACGACUGCCAGACUGACUUCAGAUUCUUCUGGCUCUUCUCAAAGAUCCAAGAGGAGGAAGGGCUGGGAGAGAAAAGCAGGAUUAAUCCAUACAAAUUUGUGGGCCUGCAGAAUUAUCCCUGCACCGCAGAGAGCCUGUGUACGGUGCUGGCCACGGACUUCCCGUUCGAGGUCGACGGACUUCUCUUCUACCACAAGCAAACCCACUACACGCCCGGCAGCACGCCGCUGGUGGGCUGGCUCCGGCCUUACAUGGUGCCCGAAAUCCUGGGGCUCGCCGUGCCCGCCACGUCGCUCACAGCCAAGCCAGACUACGCUGGGCGUCAGCUCCAGCAGAUCAUCGAGAGCAAGAAGAGUAAAAAGCUGGCAGCGGGGCAGCCGAGGGCUGCUGGGGACGGGCAGUACGAGUUGGAACACUUGUCUACCCCCCAGCCAGCAGACUCUCCGGAGGGCCGGGAGGAAGCAGCGAGCAGGAUGGAGAAUUAGGCUGCUGUGGCAGCCUGCUUGGGUGAGGAGGAAGGAGAAGGUUUCUCGCUGCCUUUGAGGGCAGCAAAGGUAAUCGUUAUAGGAUGGCUUUGUGUAAAGGGCACGGAAGUGCUCUGAGAGCCACUUUUUGGCCUCGCAGAAGCGAGGGCCUCAGCAGGAUCGUCCGGUUCUGCUCAGGCAGUCACGUGCUGUGAAAUAAAAUAACCUGUCCCGAGCUGCAGGGCUCCCAGCUCAGCCCCAGCCCCUGCUUCUGUCUGAGGCUCUGGCAAGCCUCCAGGCCAGGACCAGCGCUCGGAGCCGUGGGCUGCGGAUCCUGCCGCAUGGCUCCUGCUCGUGGGGCGCGGAUCGUGCUGGCAGCCCUGCCUGCGGGGCGCAGGAAGUCACGGGGCGCUGCAGCCUUCUGCUCCAGCUGUUUGCCGAGGCCUUCUCAAUGAAAGUUUUGUGGUCAGCCUGCUUCUAGUAACAGAAGUCUGCAGCGGGCUGCUGUAGGUCUGCAGGCAGGGCUUUCCACGCCCACGUGUUACUGAGAAACUCGCUCUCCUUGCAUCACAGCUGGCCCUGCCUCUCAGCACAGCUCCGUGCUGCGUGAGCCCGAGCCUGUGCUCCGGGCUUUUCUCGGCAGAGGGAGGAAGGAAUGAUUUCGCUCUCAAAGCUGAUUGUGCCAAAUAAAAGGCUUCUCAGAAA